ACAAAACACUUCAAAGUUCGUAAGCGCUCAUUCAUUUUUUAUUUUUUGACGUUUGACUUUUGAAAACGCAUCAAAUUUGGUGCGUUAUGCAAAAAGUUGGCAACUAUUGUCAGCCUUGACGAAUUCACUCAAAUACACGCGCGGAAAAUUGAUUCACUGAUUUCACAAAAUUAGUAAAUUAUUAAAUUUAGUGUUAGAAAAUUGUAAAUUUUAAAUAAACAUUCAAGUUGCAUACUAAAGAAAAGGAUUAGACCGCAACUAUGUCGGGAUUUUCGCUCGGAAACACAGUACAACAACAGUCAGCGGGUUUCAAUUUCGGUGCACCAGCCGCAACUGCUACGCCGGGUUUUAGUGCUGCCCCAACAGCCGCUCCAGCCUUUGGCGCAAACACCGCCAUCGCUGCCCCGGCCUUCGGCGCUACUACAGCUUUUGGUACGGCCGUUACUUCACAGGCACCGGCGUUCGGAGCAACCGCGCAACCAACAGCAGCCGUUACACCAUUUGGUGCAACUGCUAUGACAGCAGCGCCAGCAUUCGGUGCAGCACCCACGGCAUCUGUCGCACCAACCUUUGGCGCUGCGGCUCCAGCUGCGCCAGCGUUCGGUGCAACAGCAGUGAGCAGCGCAGCGCCCUCUUUUAAUUUUGGUGGUCUAGGAGGAGGUGCUACGACCGCAACAGCUGCUACGAGUGCAGCACCAGCGUUUAGUUUUGGUGGACUUGGCGCAACAAAGGCUGCAGCAUCCACGGCACCGGCAUUCGGCUUAGGUGUAAUGAAGGGCGGAACGUCAUUUGCAAAACCAUUAGGAACCAGUACCUCAGCCAGUUUGAAUUUCGGCACUACAACUACAUCAGUAGCGUCAGGUGGAAUGUGGAAACCUACAGCAACCUCAACGACAGCGUCGGCUACACCAUUUAUUGGUUUGGGCGGAGUUGAUGUGAGUGCCACACAGCCAAAAGCAGGAGAUUUAAAGCAAGAUAGUGUUAAGAUUAAAGAAACACUUGUGCCCGACGAGAUCGCCAAAACAGUAGACGCACUCAAAUCUCACGUGAAGGCACAAAAAACACUUUCUUCAGAUAUUGGGCGUACGUCAACAUCAAAGCUUUCCAAUGUAUCCCACGAAAUAAACAAUAUUCAAUGGGCAUUGCAGGAAAUUUCCAACUCAGUAGAUACUAAUUACAAACAAAUAAAGUUACUGCGGAAGGAAACUGCGAAAACUAUACAGGCGGUGGAGAUGGCCCAACGCACACAAGUGAUAUCUGGUGGCCUUCAAUUCGAGAAUAAUGCACCUUUCCAGUUUUUCCAGAGUUUAGUCAACAAGUAUGAACAGGAUUUGAUUAACUUCCGACAGCAAAUAUCACUCACUGAGCAUCAUAUGCGUGCGCUAGCCAACCCACAGACAGUAUCGCCCGAUGAUUUAAAGCGUGGUUUUCGCCAAAUCAACGAGAGUUUCAUUUCACUCGCUGGACGUUUGCAUGAACUGCAUCAGAAAGUAGAAACUCAAAAAGAACAAUUUCUCAACUUGCGAAAGUAUCGUUUGCGUGAUACCACAAAUGUGUUUGCUCAGAUCGAAAAUCCGGAGAGCAAAGUUGACACCACGGGUGUCACCUGUGGACCAACACCAUUCUCAAAUAUAUCAGCGAUGAGUGCAUUUGGAAAGAGUUUUGGCAAUGCCUCGGCUGGCGCGACGAGUGCAAGUGAAAGAGCUGCGGCUGCGAGCGCUAAAUGAAUAGAAAAAAAUGUAGUUGGUUAAAUAAAAACUUAGCGUAUCUUGACAUUGGAAGUCAGUUUGGAAAAUAUUUUUUAGUUAAAUAUUUUUUUACGUUUUUUUGCAGUUUUGGUACCUAAUAUAUUUUUACCAAUUACUGUAGUAAUUUUGAAAUAAAAGAAUUGUGAAGUUUAA